CAUGGAACCACACAUGUUGAAACUUGAAGAGAAGCCCGAAAACAGUCUUGGUGUGAUCUACUCUCACAAUGUUGGGCAAGUUGCCAUACUCGAUCCACAGAGUGAUGCAGUCUUUGGAAAUAUCGGAGAAGAUGGCCCAAACUAUCGCGAUGUAGGAUGGCUUGGAACUGUUGCCCUUAUGAUGAAAACCCAGAUCGGACUGGGUGUUCUGUCGAUCCCAGCAGUUUUCGACAUCCUCGGCAUGAUACCUGGCAUCAUCUGCCUUCUUGUUAUUGGUGUCAUAACAACAUGGUCAAAUUACAUGGUUGGUGCUUUCAAGCUGAGACACCCUGAAGUCUACGGUAUCGAUGAUGUGGGCCAACUGCUGUUUGGCAGCAUCGGCCGCGAACUCAUGGGCGUUGCCUAUAUUCUUUUCUUGACCUUGACGGUUGCUGUCGGGGUCGGAGGCCGUCCAGCUGCAGCUCCUCAAACCGGGCCCUGGGAAUCAGACUACAAGAUUGUUGGCAGCCCCUCGUUCGAGGACGGUAUUUCAGCAAUCUCAUCCUUGGUAUUUGCAUACGCUGGCACACCUGGUUUUUUCCCGAUCGCUUCAGAAAUGCGAGACCCUCGUCUGUUUACUCGGUCGCUUAUAAUCUGCCAAUCCGUCGUGACAGCUAUAUACAUCGCCAUUGGCGUUGUGGUCUACUACUUCUGUGGAUCAUACGUCGCAUCUCCUGCCCUAGGAUCUGCCGGAACGACCAUGAAGAAAGUCUGCUACGGUCUGGCUUUGCCAGGCUCUGCGUUAGCACCAUUUUGCUAUCACACUACGUAUUCCUUCGAAUACUACGCGCACGUCACUCAGAACACUGUCGUCCAUUGGGUAACUUGGUUUGGAUGUACGGCCAGCACCAUCAUCAUAUCUUACAUCAUCGCCAGCGCCAUACCCGUCUUCGGAGGUCUUGUAUCACUGAUCGGCGCGUUCCUUGGUACCCUGCUUUCCUUCCAGCCCUACGGUUGUAUGUGGCUUUAUGACAAUUGGCGUAGUGAGCGUACGACCAAGUGGACUUUGAUGGUCUGCUGGUGUGUCUUCGUCAUUGUUUCAGGAAUGUUCCUUAUGGUUGCCGGCACCUACGGCUCUGUUGUUUCUAUCAUCCACAGUUAUGACUCAGAUGGCGGUACAUCGGCCUGGUCGUGCGCGGACAAUUCAGGAUCUGUC